UAUUUUUUUACCUUUGUCAAGGCGCCGAUAGAAAGAAAGGCUGCAACGGGAAGCGACCCGACUGCAGUGUCCUGAGACUGAGCUUAAGGAAAGUUAGGUGCAUUUACCAGGUCAACUACUCUUGGUUUUUCAGAAAAAUGGACAGUUUGAAUCAAGCACUGCAUGCAAAAUCCAUCUAAACAGAAAGACCUUGAGAGAUUCCUUCACAUAAAUUAAAGAUGUGACCACACAGAUAACCCUGUUUAGAUCAGGUUUUGCCAAGCCUAAGAAGACUUACUCCAGCGGCUGACAUUAGUAUAAUGAUGGUGUAACCAAACAGGAGCCAUGUCCAGCAAGACUUCCUCUAAACGUCGUUAUCAACCAGCAGCAGAGUUUGAUGAUGCCACUAUCGCCCGCAAAAGGGAAUAUUGGAGGAGUAAGAAAAGAGAGCAGAGGGCGAGAAAGUCAUCUACCAAAAAGAAGAUUGGAAAUGAAAAUCUGGGGUUGCGCAUGUCUGUUGUUAGUGAAGCCAGCAAUGAUCCCUCUCUACAUAAUCAUAAUGUUUCAUUCAAACGGGAAGAUGCUGAUGCUCCUAAAAACUCCUUCAGCUCAGGUCUAUCAGUAUCUGAGACUAAUAUUACUAUGGUGCCAUGCCAAAAAGUGAGAUGGUUUCAAAGGACCAAGCUCAACCAUGCCUUACCUCAGUACCCAGAAACAAGCACAAAUUCCCUGAAGGGUGUAAUGGGCAAUAAAAAAAUAAAGCCCUCAGAUACAGGGUCAUCAAAAACAAAUGCUUCAACAGUUGAAUAUCUCUGCCCUACAGUCCAUUCGGUGCCUACAACAUGCAUCGAGUUGCAUCCAAACAGUACUCAUGCUCAAAAAACAAAAUCAGGAAUGUCAUCCCUAAAUGGCAAGCACUUAACAACAUCUUUGCAAAGCCAUGUAUCCAUGGUUUUACCAGUGCACAGAAACCAAAAUAAGCCUCAGAACUCACUUGGACCCUUGACCUCUGCAGAAUGUAAGGUUCAUGAAAACCAGAAUCCUAUCACUAAGAGAAGAACAUGUGCCUUUGCUUCAGAGCACAACACGGGAGUGGCUAUGACUGAAGAAGAGAUGGUUGCUAAGCGUAGAGAGAACUGGCGUAUCAAAAAGCGGGAACAGAGAGCAAAGCGUGCUGCAAAGCUGGCCCGGGACCAAGAAGGGAGUCUCGGACAAGGACAACCUUUAUCUGUUGGUAUCAUGCAUGCUUCGUCUCCUACUUACAGUAAGACCUUGAGAGGAAUCAGCCUCAACUCAAAUCUUGUAUCCCUCAAUCAAUCGCUGGGAGCAAAAUUUAACGGUUCUCGAACAACACAACUACAUGUUCAGAGUACUAAACCAAACCAUGCAUCCUUAACCUCUGGUAUUUUGCAGUCAUCCUCAAGUAAAUCCAAAGUACAGAAAUGUGCACAUACUCAAAAGAGACGUUGUCAAAACCAAAUGAGGAAAUCCACCCUUGGUGCUUCCAAAGUUGAGUCUCCCGAGGAUCGCCAUGCCAGGCAGAAAGAAUACUGGAGAAUUAAGAAACGUGAGCAGAGAGCAAGGCUGUCUAUGGCAUUAAAAGCACGACUGAAGGAACGUGACGCACUAAAGCAUCAUGGGAGACACUCCUACAACAGUUUCAACCAGGCGUGUGGAGUUGAAGUGAGCAAAGCAAGUGCAUUUGCAGUUUCCUCAGAUACCAUUGGUGGUUUUAUCAAAGAAGAUGGCACGGUGACAGUCACCAUUUCGAAGACAUCUCCCAAGGCUUCCCUACCUGCAAGUCAAGACAUUUCCAAUGUGAAAUGCAUUGGAAAGGUAAAACUCCAGGUUCAAGUAAAUUCUCCCCUAUAUUCAGAUGCUCCACCAGUCACAAAGCUAGAUUCCGCUCCAUGCAACAUUUCUAGUAACUGUACUAAUGCUCACCAAAACUCUCUAGUAAAGUCUAGGUUAACCAGAGGUGCAGUUAUGGGCAGUAUGACAGUCACCAUCCAGUCUGAAACCCCAACAGAAGAAGGAAGGGUCGCCCGUUUGAGGGAGUAUUGGAGGAUAAAGAAACGAGAGCAAAGGGCUAGUCAAGCUGCCCGACUUGGGAAUGGUCUGCUUAGGUCGAAGGUUUCUGUGUUAAAGCAGAGAGAGCAAAACAAGAAGUCAAACCAUAGGCAGAGUAUUACUUCAUCUAUCACCACAACAGUUUGUCACUCCUCUACCAGUGCCCCAAUACCUAUAAAAGAAGAGCAUGUCUAUCCCACUAUACAAGCUGUGUUUUCCAUCCCAGAAAUUACUCCCUGCAUCAGUGUUAAUAGCAGCAAACCUUCACCCUGUGCAUCCUUAGAAUCACACAUUGAGCCUUCAACAGCUGUGGACCAUCAUGCCACCACUCUUCAGGCUGUUGCCUCCAUGAAAAAGCUCCUGGAGGAAUCGGUUUACACACCAGAAGAAAAUAAUGCCAACGAAAUGCAUGUAAAGUGUGAAAAUGAGCCUCUUCCGUUGACUAAAGAUGACCUUUUUACAUCUGAAGAUGCAAAGCCAAGUCUUACCUUACAACAAAACGUCUUGUUACAGUGUGACCUCUCAAAAGACACAAGCCUUAAAGAUAUCAAAUUGAGUCCUCAGGCAUCAACUUUUGAAAACACCAGUCGUUAUAAGACUCAUAACGUCUGUCAAGAGGCUACAGAUGGAAGUCAUGCCAUUUCUCCAGUGGCUCAGCAACCUCAGAAGUUCAGUGAUGAUGGAGCAGAUCCCAAGCAGGUCUGCCCUUCACAGGCCUUGCAAAAGCAGCAGCUUGGUGAAAGUGAUGAGCUUCAACGAAAGAGAGAGUACUGGCGGUUAAAGAAGAGACAACAGCGGGCUAGAAAAGCCAACAAAGAUGCAACCAAACAUGCAGUUCUUCGUAAUCUGCCACAGAAGAAAACACGAAGCACAACUCUCAUGCAAGCCAUGUCCCAGGACACUUCCACAUGCAGACAGAUCCCCAUUCAGAAAAAAACAAGCAGGUGCACCAAGCCUUCUGGUCCACAAACACAACCUACAGAUAAAUCAAGAUGUGAUAGAAGCCUAAUAGUGGCAACGCCAAAUCCACAAGAAGAUCCAGAGGAGGUUAUACGUAGAAGACGCAUGCAGUGGAGGAUCAAGAAACAGGAGCAGAGAGCUAGAAAGGCAGCACGUGAGAGAAAGCUAUGCCAGAUGAUGGUCCCUCCACAAGGCCAGGAUUUACAGAGUCAGAACUCUGCCAGUCUCUGCUCAGCAGUAGUUCAGAGUGUAACUUUAGAAGACCAACUUGGCUACUUUGCUGAACCAUGUCAACCUGCACUCAAAGAGGAGUCAAGCUUUGCACCAAAUGAUGCAAUGGAGGGACCUUUAUCACAGGCAGAGUGGAGAAAUGUCUACCUCAUGGACUUUGAUCCUGUCAACCCGUUGUUGGUGUGUAUGGUUUGUGGAGAGCAGCAGUACUCUGUGAGUGUGGAAGGCGUCAAGGCUCACAUUGAGGAGGCGCAUCCUGAUACACUAUCAUUGGGAGACCUUGAACAACAAGGCAUUCUCGAUGCCUGGGAUAAACAGGUGGCAGUCCGAGAGCACUUCAUCACCCACCAGCUUCAACAGCGAUGCAGAGCUUCUACAGAACGGAAUUUAACCUGCCCGGUCAAAAUUGAAGCUAAGGUCAAGGCCGAAGACUUUGAGUGAACUGAUGGGUGACUGACAGACAAUACCCGUCUUGUUCUGAUGGCCAUCUAGUUGAUGAGGUCUUCGCAGGGGAUCUGUCUCUGUGGCUCAUCUAGUUGACGUGGUCUCCGCUGACGUUCACUAAAACCUAACUUCAUGUCUUAAUGAUUUAAGAUUCUGUUUUCUUACAUUUUCUUUGUAAGUUCCAUCAGUCACGUAAGAGAUCAAUAUCAAAAUGUUGAUUCACCCUUUUUUCACUACUGAGCCUCAUUAACUGUACGUUUAAAUUCUGGUAAUACUCCAAACAGUGCAUUUACAGAACCUGUAAAUCAGGUUACAAAAUAAGAUCCAUCUAUAAAAACGUUAACACACACAACAACUGGCAUGUUAUCCUGUAAUCUAAAGAACUGCAUUUUGAUCUUGUAUUUUCAGUAUUUAUUUCUGUACAGUUUAUGCACUUUUCAAAACGUUUUGCAAUAAAUUUUC